CGGAAGCAUGCAGCUUUGUCAGUUUUGUAACAACAGACUACCGCUGCACUUUGUAUGGAGCAAACACAGAUUGCAUCUUUGGUUAUGAGCUGAUGUCUGUGUGAGACGGUACCAUGGAGCCGUCAGAGUCAGGGGAGCUGGAUGCUCCCGGUCCCGGCCUAGAACAGAGUCCCAAACCCGAGCUGUCUGCAGCGAUGCGGGCUAAGAUCGAGAGAAACCGGCAGCAAGCGUUGAUGCUCCGGCAGGCGAGACUAGCGAGCCGCUCUUUGUCCGCCGUGGAGGGAGCAACCUCGGCCAAAGUGUCCAAGACCAUCGACUCCGGCGCCGGCUUCUUCAUCGACGAGGAGGAGGAAGCUCUGGAGGAGCAGAGGACCAGAAAGGUGGUGCAUCAGCCAGCUCCAGUGAUUGAGCCAGACUACCUGGUUUGUGAUGAAUGUGAAAAACCCUUCAUGGACUCAUAUCUGAGCAACAGCUUUGACCUGAGUGUCUGUGACAAGUGCAGGGAUAACGAGGAGAAACACAAGCUGGUCUCCAGAACUGAGGCCAAGGCGCACUACCUGCUGAAGGACUGUGACCUGGACAAGAGAGAGCCCCCCCUCAGGUUCAUACUGAAGAAAAACCCUCACAACCCGCGCUGGGGAGACAUGAAGCUCUACCUCAAAGUACAGGUGGAGAAGAGAUGUAUGGAGGUGUGGGGUUCAGAGGAGGCUCUGGAGGAGGCCAGAGAGACAAGGGAGGAGAACAAAGAGGUGCAAAAACAAAAACGCUUCAACAAGAAGUCAAAGUCG